GAACGACCCGGAUGCAGUUCUUUGCCCCUGUGACACGUAGCAACAGGGGCAGUUCAGAUUCUGAGACGGUUCGGGGGUUCUUUUGAGGGGCUGCUGGAGUUAUUGCUGCAUCCGUCGCCAUCGCCUCCUCACUUGACCAGCUGCUAUGUCAGGCUUCGACAACUUACACACGGAUUUCUACCAGACCAGUUACAGCAUCGACGACCAGUCACAGCAAUCCUAUGAUUAUGGAGGAGCCUAUAACAAACAGUAUGCUGGCUAUGACUAUUCACAGCAAGGCCAGUUUGUUCCUACUGACAUGAUGCCCCCCCAGCAGCCUUACCAUGGGCAGAUUUACCGGCCCACUUCGCACACUUCAAGUACUUCUCAGACAAUUUAUGGAAAUAGCUUUGAGGAUGAGCCACCUUUAUUAGAAGAGUUAGGUAUCAAUUUUGAUCACAUCUGGCAAAAAACACUAACAGUAUUACAUCCAUUAAAAGUAGCAGAUGGCAGCAUUAUGAAUGAGACUGAUUUGGCGGGACCAAUGGUGUUUUGUCUUGCUUUUGGCGCCACAUUACUACUGGCUGGCAAAAUCCAGUUUGGCUAUGUAUAUGGGAUCAGUGCAAUUGGAUGUCUAGGAAUGUUUUGUUUAUUAAACUUGAUGAGCAUGACAGGUGUUUCAUUCGGUUGUGUGGCAAGUGUACUUGGCUAUUGUCUUCUUCCCAUGAUCCUGCUCUCCAGUUUUGCCGUGAUCUUUUCUUUGCAAGGCAUGGUAGGAAUCAUUCUCACUGCUGGGAUUAUCGGAUGGUGUAGUUUUUCUGCUUCUAAAAUUUUUAUUUCGGCAUUAGCCAUGGAAGGACAACAACUUCUAGUAGCAUAUCCUUGUGCUUUGUUAUAUGGAGUCUUUGCUCUAAUUUCCGUCUUUUGAACUGAAUUUAUCUGGAAUGUGGACAUUAUUGGGCCAAAUAAACGUAAAGAACUUUGAAGUCUGAAAUUGGACCAGCAAACUGCUGUAGGCACAACUUUCCUGCAGUUCCAGCCUUUGACUAUUAGAGCAAUGGAAGUUAACAUGUAUCACUUCUGUUCAUUUUUACAGAACUUUUGAAUACUAUAUUGGAUUUAUCUGCAGUGUGACUAGCUUUAAAUGUUGCGCAUAUACAAAUAAAGAGUGCUAUCUCUUUCCUGUUCCUGCAA